AUGGCUGAAGAAUAUGAAAAAUUUAAACGAUUCGAAUAUCGUAUGAACUCAAAUUUGGUGUUACAAAGAGAAGGACCAAUAUCUAGUAACAAAGAACCUACAGGUGAAAGUGAAAGUUUAGUAGGAAGAUUGAAAUAUAAGAUGGGUGAUAAAGUUGAAUAUAAUAAUAAUAAGAAGAAUAAUAAUAUUAUGUUAAUAAGAGAUCAUAAUAAUAAUAAUAAUAAUAAUGAAGUGAAUAUUAAUCGAUAUAAAAGAAAAGAUCUUUUUGAUGAUGAUAAAUAUAAUAAAAGAUCAAGUAAAAAAAUUCGUCAUAAAGAAAAAAGUGUAUUAAACGUAAAUAUUGAAGAUAUCUUUUUAUAUAAACCAUCAACUAAACAUACAGAAGAAAUAUAUACAAAACUUAUGAGUAAAAUAAGAUAUUUAUUAGGUGAUAACACUGGAGAUAUUAUUAAUAGUGCAUGUAAUGAAAUAUUAUAUAUUUUAAAAAAUGAAGAAUUAAAUAAUGAAGACAAAAAGAAACAAGUGGAAAGUCAACUAGAAAUAAAUAUAACUGAUGAGGUAUUUAUUGAAAUAAAUAAUUUGUCAAAAGAAAUAUAUGAUUUUAAUAAACAAGAAGAAGGAGAAUAUGUAGAAAAUGAAGAGGGCGUUGCUGUCAUAUUUGAAGAAGACGAUGAUUAUUUUAAUAUAGGAAGAAAUACGAGAGGGUAUAUGAAUGAUGAGCAGACAAUGGAAUUACAAGAUGGUAGUGAUGAUAAUCAAAGUGGAAGUGAAGAAGAAGAUGAAGAUGAAAAUGAAGAUGACAAUGAAGAUGAAGAUGAAAGUGAAGAUGCAAAUGAAGAUGACAAUGAAGAUGAAGAUGAAAGUGAAGAUGCAAAUGAUGAUGACAAUAAAAAUAUUAAUGAUGAUAACAAUAAUAAUUAUAAUAGUGUGAGACGAAAAAAGAAUAAGAAACGUAACCAAAUAAAUCAUCUCAAAAGUUAUGAUAAAAAAAAUAAAAAAUACGAGAAUUAUUUAAGUUUAAAAAAUACAAAUAAAAAUUUAUAUUAUGAUGAAGAAAAUAAUAAUAAUAAUAUUAAAGAUAAUGAUGAAUUGAAUAUUAAUGUAAUUGAUUCACAUUGGUUACAAAGAGAAUUAAAUAAAAUAUAUCCUGAUCCUUCUUUAUGUUUAGAUAAAGAAAAGGAAGUGUUAAAUGUUUUAAAUAUAUAUGAUAUACAAGAAAGUGAGAAUAAAUUAAUGCAUAUAUUAAAAUAUGAAAAUUUUAAUAUUGCUAGGGUUUUAAUAAAAAAUAGAUGGAAAAUAUAUUAUUGCACCUUGCUUGGUCAGGCACAAACGGAAGAAGAAAAAGAAGAAAUAAAGAAUGAGAUGAAAAAGACAGAAGAAGGACAAGAUAUAUUAGAUGAAUUAUGUAAUUUUAAAAAUGUGAGAAAGAAUAAGCAGAAUGAAUAUAGUAAAAUAAUUAGAAAAGAAGCAGAUAAUUUAUUAGGAAAAAAAAAAAAAAAUGAUUAUAGUAAAAAAAGUAGCAUGUCUGAUUAUACAUAUAUACAUGAUGAGGAGGAGAAGGAAUCAUAUGAUGACAAUAAUGAUAAUGAUGAUAAUGAUGAUGAUGAUGAUGAUAAUGAUGAUGAUAAUUAUUAUGAAUCUACAAAAUUGUAUAAUAGCGAUUCACAAGGAGAAGACUCAAAUGUAAAUACAAAUGUAAAUACAAAUGUAAAUACAAAUAUAAAAACACGUGGUAAUAUUAAUACAUAUGAUGACGAUUCUAAUAAAUUGAAAAAAAAAUCGAACGUAAAAAGGUCCAAAAAAAACAAAGAUGAUGAUAUUGAUGGUGAGUCCGAGAAAGAUGAUAAUGAAAGAAAAAGUUUUUAUAAUAAUAUGAAAUAUAAAUUCAUCGACCUAGAAAAACUAGAAACAAAAGAAAAGAAUAAAGAUAUAUUUUUUAAUAAAGAAGUGAUAUUACCACCUGAAAGUAAAAGAAUAGAAAGAAAAGAUUAUGAUGAAAUAAUUAUUAGUAGUAUGAAAAAUAAUAAAAUGGAUGGUGUGAAAAAACCAAAAAAUAAUAAAAAAAAUUAUUAUACAUGUGCAGAAGAUAUAAAAUUGAUACAUAUAAAUGAAUUACCAGAAUGGACACAUGAAGUAUUUUCUUGUGUUAAUAUAAAUAAAUUAAAUCCAAUACAAUCUAAAGUAUAUGAUAUAGCAUUUAAUAGAUAUGAAGAGAAUAUGUUAAUAUGUGCUCCUACAGGUUCUGGUAAGACUAAUAUUGCUUUAUUAUGUAUUUUGAAUGUUAUUAAUUCAUAUCGUUUAAAAAGUGGAGAAAUUGAUAGAAAAGAUUUUAAGAUUGUAUAUAUAUCUCCUAUGAAAGCGUUAGUAACUGAACAAGUGCAAUCAUUUAAUCUAAGACUUAAGUGUUUGAAUAUAAAAGUGAGUGAAUUAACAGGUGAUGUAAAUCUAAGUAGUAAAGAAUUAGAUGAUAGUCAGAUUAUUGUGAUGACCCCUGAAAAAUUUGAUGUUAUUAGUAGAAAAUGGAAUGAAAAAAUAUUAUUACAUAAAAUAAAAUUAAUUAUAUUUGAUGAAAUACAUUUGUUGAAUGAAAUACGUGGAAAUGUUUUAGAGAGUAUAAUAGCUCGUUUAAAUAGAUAUAUAGAUAACACCAUGGUAUAUGAUAUGAGUGGUGUUAUUACAUAUGGUUCAUCUGAAGCUGAUGAUCAUCAUAAUAAUAAUAUUGUAUAUGGUGAUGGUGUACAUGACAAUCGAGAGAACAAAUCUGGAUCCAAUAAUAUAUCUAUUAGAAAGAAAAAGAUUCGAUUAAUUGGAUUAUCUGCUACGCUACCAAAUUAUGAAGAUGUUGGAAUAUUUUUAAGAGCUCAUAUAGAAAAGGGAAUAUUUUAUUUUGAUCAUUCUUUUAGACCAGUUCAAUUAGAACAGCAUUAUAUAGGUAUAAAAGAAAAGAAAGGAAUUAAGAAAUAUGGUCUUAUGAAUGAUAUAACAUAUGAGAAAGUACUUGAAGAAGCUGGUAAAAAUCAGAUAUUAAUAUUUGUUCAUAGUAGAAAAGAAACAUAUAGAACAGCAAAAUUAUUAAUUGAUAGAUUUAUGAAGAGUGAUAAUUUAUGUAAGUUUUUAAUGGAUAAGAAAAUAUCAAGUGAGAUAUUAUUAUCAGAAAAAGAACAUGUAAUAAAUGAAGAAUUAAAAGAGAUAUUACCAUUUGGAUUUGGAAUACAUCAUGCAGGAUUAAAAAGAUUAGAUAGAAAAUUAGUUGAAGAUUUAUUUUCUGAUAGACAUAUUCAAGUAUUAGUUAGUACAAGCACAUUAGCAUGGGGUAUUAAUUUACCUGCACAUACAGUUAUAAUUAAAGGUACAAGUGUAUAUAAUAUUAAUAUAGGUGAUUUUGAUGAAUUAUCUAGUAUGGAUAUUUUACAAAUGGUUGGACGUUCAGGUAGACCUCAAUAUGAUAAAACUGGAAAAGCUAUUAUUAUUACAGAACAUAAAAAUUUACAAUUAUAUUUAUCUCUAAACAAUGAACAAUUAUCUAUUGAAUCAACAUUACUUCAUAAUAUUGUUAAUAUUAUUAAUGCAGAAAUUGUUUUAAAAAAUAUUCAAAAUAUGAAGGAUGCUAUGAACUGGUUAGAACGUACUUAUAUGUAUAUACGUAUGUUGAAAACUCCUACAUUAUAUGGUAUCCAUAUUAAUAAUAAUGAUCAAAUAAAAAGUAUUGAUCAAUUUAAAGAUAUAUUAAAUAUCAAAAAUAAAGCAAAUAAAAAUAAAAUCAACAACAAAAAUAAUAAUAAUGAUGAUGAUAAUAAUAAUGAUAAUAAUAAUAAUGAUGAUAAUUAUGAUGAUAAUAAUAGCAUGUGGGAUUAUUUGUAUACUUUAAAAAAUAAUUGUAAAUAUAAUAAAUUUAUGGAAAAAAUUAAAAAAAAAAUGUUUAAUAUAUUAUAUUCUUGUUUUGUUAUACUAGAAAAAUAUGAUUUAAUAAAAUAUAAUAAAAAAUUAAAUAGUGUUAGUAGUACUUAUAUAGGAAAAAUUAGUAGCUAUUAUUAUGUAGAUUAUAAAUCUAUAGAUAUAUUUAAUAAAAAAUUAAAUAAAUAUACAAAUGAAAUUGAUUUACUUAAAAUAUUUACUAUGAGUGAUGAAUUUAAAAAUAUUUAUAUAAGAGAUGAAGAAAAAACAGAAUUAUCAAUUUUAAUUGAAAAAUUACCUAUACCAGUUAAAGAAUCUAUAAAUAUUCCAUAUACUAAGAUAAAUAUAUUAUUACAAUUAUAUUUAUCAAAUGUAAUAUUAAAUGGUUAUAUUAUAAAUGCAGAUAUGUUAUAUAUACAUCAAAAUGCAUUACGUAUUUUUAGAUCAUUCUUUGAAAUCUCUUUAAAAAAAAAUUCUUAUAAUUUAAUUAAAUUAACUUUAAAAUUUUGUAAAAUGAUUGAGAGAAGAAUGUGGAGCACUAUGACUCCAUUAAGACAAUUUGGUUUAUUAAGUCCAGAUCUUAUACGUAUUAUUGAGAAGAAAAAUAUUACUUUUAAAAAUUAUUUAACAAUGAAUUUAAAUGAAUAUAUAACUAUUUUUAAAAAUAAAAAAAUUGCAAAAAAUAUUUAUAAAUUAGUACAUCACUUUCCAAAAUUAGAAUUAAAUGCAUAUAUACAACCAAUAAAUCAUAAAAUAUUAAAAGUAGAUUUAAAUAUAUCACCAGAUUUUAUAUAUAAUUAUAAAUAUCAUGGAUAUUAUAUGUUAUUCUGGGUUUUUGUUUUUGAUAUAUCUAAUGAAAAUAUAUUACAUUAUGAUUUAUUUACCCUAAAAAAGAAUUAUAAAAAUGAUAUAUUCAAUGUAAACAAUAAUAAAAAUAAAACAUCCACAACAAAUAAUAAUAAUAAUAAUAAUAAUAAUAAUAGUAGUAGUAAUAGUAGUAGUAGUAUGUAUAACCCAGCUGAUCUUUUAGAUGAUCAUAUGUUAACCUUUUUUCUACCAAUAAAUGAUAAUCCUUUCUAUAUUGUUAAAGUUAUUUCUGAUAAAUGGUUAGAUUGUGAAGCUACCAUAAAUUUAUAUUUAAAAGAUUUAAUUUUACCUCCUCCAAAUUUUUAUUCUACACAAUUAUUAGAUUUACAACCCUUGCCAAUACACUCAAUAAAAUAUGAAAAAGGUCAGAACUUUUUUAAUAAGAUAAGAAAUUUACAUUAUUUUAAUUCCAUACAUACACAAAUAUUUCCAUCUGUUUUUGAAAAUAAUGGAAAUGUAUUAAUAGCUAGCUCGAAUUCAAAACAUUAUUUAAUUCCAGCUGAAUUAGGUAUUAUAAAAAUCAUGAAAUUCUUAGAUUGCUUAUUUGAUUAUAUUAAAACAUAUAUUAAAAAUGAUAAAGAUGUUUAUAAAAUUAUUAAUGAUAAAAAAUUAUCAGAUCUUAUAUAUAAUAAUAAUUUAGUAGAUCUCAUAAAAAUUGUUUAUAUUGCACCAUUAGAUGAUGUAAUCAUAAAAACAUAUAAAAAUUGGCAAUCUCUUAAAAAAAUAUUUAAUUUAAAAAUGUGUAUACUAACAGGAGAUAUACAAAUAGAUAUGAAACUAUUACAAACACAUCAUAUUAUAUUAUCUAAUCCAUCUAAUUAUGAUAAUAUAUCAAAAAAAUGGAGAAGGAAAAAAAUACUACAAAAUAUAUCCUUUUAUAUAUUUGAUCAUAUGGAAUUGUUAGAUACAACUCAAGGAGGUAUUAUGGAAAUAGUAAUAAGUAGAAUAAGAUAUAUAACAACACAAUUAAAUUUAAAUAAAUCAGAAAAAAAAAAUCAAAACAAUGAUCAUCAUCAUAAUAAUGAUAAUGAUAAUUUCUUUAUGUCCAUAUUAAAUAAAGAAAAUAUGAAUAAGAAUUUCUUGGAAAAUAUAAAUAAAUUACAAAAUUUCUCUAUUGAUAAUAUAUAUGAUUAUAUAGGAUUAAAUAGAAUAUUAUGUUUAUCUAGCUGUUCUUUAUAUAAUUCUAAAGAUUUUGCUGAAUGGAUUGGAUGUAAAAAAAAUGAUUAUUAUAACUUUUUAUCAACUGUUAGAGAUAUACCUAUUGAAAUAUAUUUACAUGCAGUUAAUAUUAUGAAUAAACAAAAUAGAUAUAUAUCCAUGCAAAGACAAGUGUAUCAAAAUAUAAGAAAAUUAAAUAAUACACACAAAAAAAAAAAAAUGCAAAAUGUUAUUAUUUUUGUAACAGAUCAAAAAAUGUGUAAAACUUUGGCAUUGGAUUUAAUUCUUUCUGCUUAUAAUGAUAAUUUUAAAUAUUUUUCUCAUUUUGAAAAUUUAGAAAAUCAUAAAUAUAGUACACAUAAUAAAUAUUCUUCGGAUACGCAUCAUGCUGAUCAAAAUGAUCAUAAUAAUGAAUCCAAAGAGAAGAAAAAAACAGGAGGGUGGAUAUCCAAUUUUUUCUCUUAUAACAAGAAUGAUAAUAUCAGUAAUGAGAAUGAGAAGAAUGAUUUAAUAAAUAACAAAAAUUCGAAUGAUGAUAUAACACCAAAAAAUGUAUACAAUUGGGGAAGACUUAAUAGUAAUGAUUUACAUAAUAAUAUAAGUGAAGAAGAAUUGGCUAAAAAUAUUAAUCAUAUGAUUAAUUUGAAUAUAUCCAAUAAUGAUGAUAUUAACAAUAAGGAUACAAGAGAGAAUAACAUAGGUGUUGAUAUGAAUGAUCAUAAUAAUAAUAGUAAUAAUAGUAAUAGUAGUAGUAGUUGUGGUAGUAAUAUAUUUACUAAUAAUGGAAAACAUUCUAAUUAUAUAAAUAAUCAAAAUGAACAUAUAUUUGAUUAUAUAAGUGAUAAAAUGUUAAAACAAUUUAUGAGACAAGGUAUUUGCUAUUUGCAUAAUAAUAUGACAGAUAUAGAAAAAAAAAUUGUGGAAAUAUUAUUUGAUAAAAAAACAAUACAAAUAUUAAUCGUUUCUUAUGAUUAUGUCUACAGUUUAAAUGUGUAUGCUAAUACAGUUAUUAUAUUAGAUACUAUUAUAACACAUUUCCAUAAUAAUAAAGAAGAAGAUUAUAGCAUACAAAAUAUUUUAGAAAUGAUAAGUUAUGCUGGAAGACAAAAUGAAGAUACAAAAUCUUUUGUAUAUAUAUAUACAUAUAUAACAAAAAAAGAAUAUUAUAAAAAUUUUAUAUAUGAACCAUUAACUGUUGAAUCGAAUAUUGAAGAUAGUCUACCGAAUUUCUUAAAUAAUGAAAUAGUUAUGAGUACCAUUGAAAAUUAUCAAGAUGCUAUUGAUUGGUUAACGUGGUCUUUCUUUUAUAGACGUAUAAAAAAAAAUCCUAAUUAUUAUGGAUUAAAAGGUAUAUCGAAUGAACAUAUAUCAGAUUAUUUAUCAGAACUUAUAGAAAAUAAUAUGGAAAUAUUAUCAUUCGCUAAUUGCAUAAAUAUAGAAGAACAAACAAUGGAUAUCAAACCAUGUAAUUUAGGUAUUAUAUCCUCAUUUUAUAAUUUAGAUUAUCAUAUUAUUCAUUUUUUUAAUCAAUAUGUAUUAUCUUUAAAAACAUUAAAGAAAUCAAAAAUUUUUGAAAUAUUAUGUCUAUCAAAUAUUUUUAAUGACAUAUUAAAAAUAUAUAAUUAUGAUAUAUAUCUAUGUUUAAAAAUUUCUCAAGCAUGUAAUAUACAAGUAACAUAUGAAUUUUUAAAACUUUCUAUCAAUAAUGAAAAUACUUUAAAAAAUGGAAACAUUGAAGAUAAUAUAAAUAAUGAUAACAAAUCAGAAGAAUAUAAAAAAGAUCAAUAUAUUAAUUUAUUACAAUUUAUGACAGUACCUAUUUAUUUUACAUCUCAUUUAAAAGCUUUUAUACUUUUACAAGCACAUAUUCAUAGAUAUAAUUUACCAAUUAAUUAUAUACAAGAAACAAAAAAUGUAUUAUUAAAAGCAUAUAAAUUGAUCAAUUCUUUAAUUGAUGUUAUUAGUAGUAAUAAUAUUUUAAAUUUUUGUUUAUUUGUUAUGGAGGUAUCACAAAUGCUAACCCAAAGUAUGAAGAGUACUGAUCAAUCGAAUUUAUAUCAGUUACCACAUUUUAAUGAACAGUUAAUUAAACAAGCAAAUGAUUUAGAAAUAUCUGAUGUCUAUGAUUUAAUAAAUGCUGAAGAUGAAACUAGAGAUAUUUUAUUAAAACAUUUAAAUGAAAAACAAAGAAGUGAAAUCGCAAAUGUUUGUAAUAUUUUCCCAAUUAUAGAAGUACAAUAUGAAAUAGAUCUUGAUAAAUCUUAUAAAGUUAAUGAAAUUGCACACCUUAAUUUAAUCAUAGAAAGAGAUUUAACAGAUGAUGCUGUGAAUUUUGCACACUCACUUUAUUUACCAUUUGAAAAAGAAGAAAUGUGGUGGAUCGUUAUUGGAAUUAAAAAAAUGAAUUUACUUUUAUCAAUCAAAAAAUUGUCUUUAUUGAAAAGUAUCAAUAAUAUAAAAAUUAAUUUUGAAUUACCUGACAAGCCAAAUACUUAUGACGUGGUAAUUUAUGUGGUUAACGAUUCUUAUGUUGGUUGUGACCAGGAAUACGAGUUUAAGAUAACCGUGGAGGAGUAA